AUGUUUGUUGGCAUAUUGUCCGCAGAAGUGAAUAGUUCUUUAUUCCACGAGAAUGUCGAUGAUGAUGAUGUUCAGUCUCUUGAACCUCUAUCAAAACCGUCAGAGGAAUUUGAAGAACCAAGUAGUCCAACAAAAAGUGUCACUACCAUGGAGUUAUUUGAAGAUCCUCGAGAAGAUCCAUUAGCAACAUUUCUUAUGCAAGUAUUCAUUACACUGGUAUUAAGUAGAAUAUUAGCCAAAAUUCUAUCUUUUAUUCGUCAACCACAAGUUAUUGGACAAAUACUCACUGGUAUUAUAUUGGGCCCAAGUGUUUUUGGAUAUAUACCAGGUUUUAAUCGAUCUAUAUUUCCAGAACAUAGUGUAGUUACAUUUCAAAUGGUGGCUAAUUUAGGUUUGUUAUUUUUUAUGUUCUUUUUGGGAUUAAAACUAGAUCCACAAGAAAUAAAAGAAGGAUGGCGCCGAACAUUACCAGUUGCAUGUGCAAGUAUCAUUGUACCAGUAGGAAUUGGUUGCGCAGCAAGUUUAUGGUUAUAUGAAAUGAAUGGACCAACAGUGAAAGCGUCAUUCAUAUUGUUUAUUGGCAGUGGCAUUGGAUUUAGUGCAUUUCCAGUGUUGGCAUCAUUAUUACAAGCAAAUAAUAUGAUCACAUUACCAAUAGGUAUAUUAACAAUUAGUGUUGCUGCCAUCGAAGAUAUUGUUGUAUGGGUUGUAUUAGCAAUUGCCAGUGCUUUUUCUGAUGGUGGAAGUAUGUUACAAGGUCUUUAUACGUUACUAUUAACAUUGGGUUAUGUUUUAAUAAUGAUAUUUAGCGUCAAACCAUUAUUAGGUUUAUUACAUAAGUUUUAUGUCAAAAAGAAUGAUGAAUUUAAUAUUUAUUUAGUUGUUGUUUGUCUAAUGUUGUUAAUCGUCUCAGCUUUUACAACGCAAGUGAUUAAUAUUCAUGCCUUCUUUGGAUCGUUUAUUUGUGGUCUAAUCAUUCCUCGAAGUGGAACAUUACAUGAAUUUUUAGCAUUGAGAAUAGAAUUAUUCAUUGUUGAAUUCUUUCUUCCACUUUAUUUUGCAAAUAGUGGUAGAAAAACUGAGCUAUAUCUCUUAAACACAAUAUCAGCAUGGUAUACACUACUUGUAUUAGUCAUAUUAGCAUCGUUAGCUAAAAUAAUUCCUGUUUCAUUAAUGACAAAAUUAGUAUCAAAACAAUCGUGGUCUUAUAGUGUUUCUGUUGGUAUUUUAAUGAAUACUCGAGGCAUUGUUCAACUAGUCGUAUUGAACAUUGGUGUUGAAUUAAAAGUUUUAUCGUCAAAAAUAUUUGCCAUAUUCGUAUUAGCAGCUACAAUAAUGACGUUUAUGACAUCUCCGUUAAUAUAUUUAAUUUAUUUACGUAAAAGAAAUGAUCAUUCGCUUGAAAAAGAAUUGAUUAAAUCAUCUAAAAAGUCUAACAAAAAUACUAGUAAUUAUUGUUUUUGUUGCAUUAAACAGAAUAUUAUCGAAAAAUCAGAUAACUUUACUUCAUCUUAUCAUUCUCAUAGUUCUAACAAAUAUCCAACAGUACAAGAACAAGAAAGAAAACCUCUAUAUAAUACCAGUUUUUCGGAACAAUAUCCAAUACGUCAUAAUUUAGAACAAGAAAAAAAUCAAGUGGUUAGAAAUAAUAUUCAGCAUGUAAAUAAUCGUGUCAUCAGUUAUAAAAAUCUACCAUAUAAUCACAGGCGUUUGCUUCACACACACAAUAAUCAAAAUUUACACUUAAAUUUUCCAAAAAGACAACUUUGGCCUAAACAGACAAACAGUAUAAAUAACAAAUCAUUAUCAUCAGAUUAUUCCAUCAGUUUUUCGACGAUACAAUCCUGA